CGCGACGAGGGACCAUUGCUAUGGAAACCAGAGCGCCCGGCCGGCAGGGAUUGUGGCUCUCGGGUCGUGACCCGUCUUGUCUCUCCCUGACACCUUCGGCCAAGGCUUCGUGUGCGAUUGCUUCGUGAACGAACCUGCCCUCCCGCCCGCAGGAGAGAGUUUUCCAUGACGCAGCCUAGCAGAAAGAUGCAGCCUUUAUGCCUCACGGGCCACUGACCCACCAGCCUGAUGACAGCACCCCCGUGUACCUUCCCGGUUCAGUUCCGGCAGCCCUCGGUCAGCGGCCUCUCACAGAUCACUAGCAGCCUGUAUAUCAGCAAUGGAGUGGCCGCCAACAACAAGCUCAUGCUCUCCAGCAACCACAUCACCACGGUUAUCAACGUCUCGGUGGAGGUGAUGAACACCUUAUACGAAGACAUCCAGUACAUGCAGGUGCCUGUGGCCGACACGCCUGUCUCACGUCUCUGUGACUUCUUUGACCCCAUCGCCGACCACAUCCACAGUGUGGAGAUGAAACAGGGCCGCACGCUGCUGCACUGUGCCGCCGGCGUGAGCCGCUCAGCUGCCCUGUGCCUCGCCUACCUCAUGAAGUACCACGCCAUGUCCCUGCUGGACGCCCACACGUGGACCAAGUCCUGCCGGCCCAUUAUCCGGCCCAACAACGGCUUUUGGGAGCAGCUCAUCCACUAUGAGUUCCAGCUGUUUGGCAAGAACACUGUGCACAUGGUCAGCUCCCCUAUGGGGGUGAUCCCUGACAUCUACGAGAAGGAGGUCCGUUUGAUGAUUCCACUGUGAGCCAUCCCACCAGCACCUGCACUGGGGCCAGAGGUGCCGAUCUGCCAUUGAUCCAACACCAAGAUCUGAACUUGAACGUUCUACUUUUGUUGAUGCAGAAAAAUCCAGAUGAUGCCUUUUAUAAGGGCAAGAAAAAAGGAAGAGUACUGCAGCUGUAACCUUGUAAUCCAUAUCUUUAAAGAUUAAACUUACUAAAUGUAAGAUGGUGAAGAUAAGUUUCCUACCCUAUGAUUGACAGGUCCUGGCUACUGGCAAAAGGGGAGGGUGAGGCAGGUGGUGCCCAAGUCAAAUAGACCAAUGCCCAAUGUGUUAUGGCAAGCCUGGAAUCCUGCAGCUCUCCCCAGCCUGACUAACCCAGGAGUGAGUCUGCCACAGUCCCACCUCAUUCUUUUCUAACCCAAAACCAGAACCUUAAGCAUCAUGACACCUCCUGUUCUUCUCACAGUAAAUGCCAACCUACUGGGUAAGUGGCCUUCAACCGGUACUCCAGGAGCCCUGGGGGCCCCAGGACAACCCUGCUUCCACCUCCAGCCACAGGGACCCAACCCUGGUUUUCUAGAUUGGAUUUACUUAUAAGAUAGUUUUCAAAGAAAGCAUUCCACUAUAUAAAAUUUUUUAAAAAUAUUUUUUUGAGUGCUGUUGUACUUGGCCUCAAAGUGCCCUUGGUGAUGGCCUACCAGCCUUUGAUGAAAUGUGGCAUUAGUCUCCUUCUCUGGGGCACAUGUGGAGAGCUGGCCUGACAUAGGCCCCCCUCUAACAGGCCUUCGCUCGGAAGGCUGG